AUGGAAACGGGAAAACGCGCUCCAGCAACCGGCAAUGAGAAAAGACGUGCUGUACAGAGGGCCUGUGAUGUUUGCAGACGCAGGAAGAGUGACGGGUUUCGGACAUCGGGUAAACGAUGUUCUACGUGCAUCGCGGGCAAAUUGGACUGUACGUACGUAGAGUCCAUAAAGGUAAGUGCUGCGGCCCGGAAACUCUACUAUGUCAGGAGCUUGGAGGACAAGGUAGAGAAGAUGGAGAACCUUCUUCGCAAGAUCCUUCCUCCGGAAGCGGAUUUGAAGGAGGAGAUUGAGGCCGUUCAGACACUCCCAGAGGACGCUCCAAGCUUGUUAUCUACUUUGGUACAUUCCAUCAGCCUCGAAGAACCAGAAGUGGAAGACCGUGACCAUGCACUGGAAAGAAACCUAGAGGAAUUCCAAGACUACACCUUUGGUUAUCGAUAUCAUGGGAAAUCAAGCUCUGUCCAAUUCCUCCAAGAAGCUCUGGAUACCAAAGUGUGGCAGCCGGGAACGCUGUACAAUGCCAAUAGUUUCCGUUCUUUGCGUCCCGACUUUUGGGAAUUCCGUCCGUGGAACAAUCCGCACCGCUAUGUUCCGCAGCCUACAUACUUCAUAUUCCCGCCAAGGGAUCUUAUGCCGAAGCUCGUUGACGCGUACUUCCUAUACUUUAAUACGUUCCUUCCUUUCCUUCAUCGACCAACGUUUGAUAAAUCCUUGAAGGCUGGGUUACACUAUAGAAACUCCCAGUUCGGGGCGGUCGUCCUAGUCGCCUGCGCUGUCGGGUCUAAAUACGUAGACGAUCCGCGUGUCCUCUUCGAAGACGAGCAGUCGAAGAGGUCCAGUGGGUGGAGGUGGGUACAUCAGGUUACCAGCCGGCGGCGCGCGUUCCCUUCUUUGGAUCCUCCGAACUUGUAUGAUGCGCAACUCUGCUGUCUUCUCUCUGAAUUUUACCUAAGCUCUUCAGUACCACAGCAAUCCUGGACGAUUGCCGGCGUUGGUCUACGGAUUGCGCAAGAUGCAGGAGCUCACCGAAAGAAGUCACCACCUAAUAAUCCAGUGAAAAAUACUGUGGACGCCGAACUGUGGAAACGCGUAUUUUGGUCUCUUGUAGCUUUGGAUAGGACCCUUGGGUCAGCGUUGGGUCGGCCGUGUGCCUUAUACGAUGAAGACAUCGACAUCGAUCUACCCACCGAAUGCGACGAUGAGUAUUGGGAGCAUCCUGACCCCCAACAGACCUUCAAGCAGCCUCCCGGCAAACCGUCAACCGUUUCAUUCUUGAAUUGUCACCUGCGGCUGACACGGCUAAUUUUGAUAUGCAUGCGCACCAUCUACUCGAUUCAUAAAUCAAGAGUUCUUUAUGUCCUCAAGAAAAACUGGGAACAACAAAUAGUUGUCGAGCUUGACUCGGCGUUAAACAAAUGGGUAGACUCUAUACCCGAGCAUCUACGGUGGGAUCCCAACCGUGCUGACCUGGUGCAUUUUCAUCAAUCAGCUUCCCUACUACUGGUGUAUUAUCAUCUUCAGAUGCUCAUUCACCGGCCUUUUAUCACUGCUUCGCGCAGCGACUUCUGUUUCCCCUCCCUCGCUAUAUGUACGAACGCCGCACGCUCGUGUUCCCAUAUUGCAGAGCUACAAAGUCGCAGGAGAGGCGAUCAUUUUCCUCCCGUGUCCUGUAUGCUGUCCUUCAAUGCGGCAAUUGUUCUCCUCGUGAACAUUUGGGGUGGACGACGGUCAGAGUUGGGGAUUGAUGUCGAUAAAGAGAUGGAGGACGUGCACAAGUGCAUGAGGGUACUCGCAAGUCUGGAGACGCGGUAUCAAUAUGCCGGUGCGUUAUGGGACGUCCUAUAUGAGCUAGCGUCUGCUGGUGAUCUUCCACUUCCUGGUUCCAAAGAAAAAGAAGUGGUCGAGUCCUUCGAAGUUCCAGAGAAUUCAAGUUGGAUGCCACACACUGCUUCGGACCCUCAGCAACAACUAUACGCCUUACCAAUAAACAGUACUGAUCUCGGAAGAAUGCCUUCCCAUCAUGAUCAUGAUGAACAGUUAGAUCAAAUCUAUGAUUGGUACAACGCUAAUCCGUACGACUUGGCUGCGGCUGUCAGUCAAAAUGACAGUGCCCUGUAUACGAUAUGGGAUGGAGCACCGAGCGGAAUGGAGUAA